AUGUCAGGCCCUUACGACAAUCAAAGCGGCUACGGCCAGCAAGGCUAUGGUCAGCAGAACUAUGGCCAGCAAAACUACGGCCAGCAGCAGCAGCAAUACGGCAACUACGACCCCAACUACCCUCCACAAGGCCAAGGCUACGGAGGCGGCUAUCAGCAACAAGGCGGGUACGGACAGCAGCCAUACCAAGGCUACGGUGCUCCCCCGGCACCGGACUACACCGGAGGUCAGCAACAGGUCGGCGGCGGAUACCCGCCACAACAAGGUGGCUUCCAGCACGGAGGUCAACCUCAAUACGGCCAGCAACAGGGCUACGGCGGCUACGACCAGCAACAGCCACAGCAGCACUACGGCCAACAGCAACAACCACACAACGGCUCAGACCCAUCGAACCCGUACGGCUACACAAGAGAUCCAGCCGAUCCAAACAACCCACAAGAAGGCGAGAGAGGUUUCAUGGGCGCGAUGGCCGGCGGCAUUGGAGGCGGUCUCCUUGGUCACAAGGCUGGCCAUGGUAUCAUUGGCGCUCUCGCAGGUGCCUUCCUCGGCUCGAAGGGUGAGGACAAGCUGAAGGACCGACAUAACAAGCCAAACGGUGGCAGUUCGCACGGUGGGAAGUGGUAA